AUGGCGAAGCGUAGUAAAAUAUCAGAAGUUAAUUUCAAUAAAAUGGCUGGUACAUUCCUAUUCCUAGCCUGUACUUCUCUUGAUAGAGCCUACAACUCCUCGGACAUGACUCAAACAAAGUGGAUAAAUUUAGAGAAAAUCCAGGGCCCUGCUACAAAAGCCAACAUAACUCUCCCCAUCCGCAAUCCUACAGAAGUCCAUAUUAGUGCCAUCAACGCCUUCGGUGAGAGUAAUCAUAGUAGGCGAUUGGUAAAACCUCCCCUCUACUAUCACACAGAUAAGAGUUGGAAAGCGCAGGAUGUCUUCACCUACGGAGCAAUCGGUCUGGGAGUCCUAUUCUUGCUCAGUCUUUUAAUCGCCCUUAUCGCUCUAAAAAGAAGAAGGAGUUUUUCAAAGGGAACGAAAUCUCCUUUUCUCAUCAAUUUCUCCCGUGGUCGAGGGGUAAAUGGUGGAAAUAUACGAUUGUACAAUGGAUCUUUACAGGACAACAGCCUAGCAGCUACCAAAACAACAAGUCUCAGCGGUCCGGCCUUUGAUUUUCUUUCCUCCGUGGAACCGGCCUGGAGUCAAGAAGUGAACUCCCUCUACGGUGCUGGUGUGGCUAUAUCUGGUGACGCGGAUGAGGGUAUCUUCAAUCUGAAUAUAAUACCUGUAUCUCGGCUGAGAUUUCUUCAUUACAUCGGUUGUGGAGCUUUUGGUAAAGUAUGGGAAGGCAGAUAUCUCGUUUCUUCUUCAAGUUGUUCGAAUCUGGAAGAUCGAUUUGAACGAGUGGCUCUUAAGGUGAGUAAUUCCUUGCUUUAUAUCAAACACCUCGCAAUGAAGUCGCCAGAUAGAGACAUUGAGAUCAUCACAGUUGAAAUGAAUUUUAAUGAAAUCACUAUGUGA